UACCUUUAAAAGCAAAAACAGAAGAAGACAGAAAGAAAAAGUCUAUAAAUUUCAUCACAAAAGCCACUAUUUUCAGAAACCUAAUUUCCCCAUUCCUAUUGCCAAGGAGGUCAAAAUCUCUACAGCCUCAUAUUUGACAAACAGAUAAACAAACUUUGAAUCCCUCCCACUCCUCCUCUCCUCCACACAAACAUCAUUGAGGAGCAUAGACACUAUUGGUUCUGCCCCUUCUCCCUUGAAAACAAACGCAGAAUCAUGUAACCCCAAAAACCCAAAUCCUGAUUUUAAACCAGCCUCAACAAAAUCACAAAAACAUGGAGAAGAAAGGGACAAUUCUAAUGCAGAGGUUCGAGCUUGGCCGAGUCCUUGGUCAAGGGACCUUUGCAAAAGUGUACCAUGCCCGUAAACUAUCAUCAGGCCAGAGUGUGGCCAUCAAGGUCAUCGACAAGGAGAAAAUUCUACGAGUUGGAAUGAUCGACCAAAUCAAGCGAGAAAUCUCGGUAAUGCGAUUAGUACGCCAUCCUAAUGUCGUCCAGCUCUACGAGGUGAUGGCGAGCAAAACCAAGAUCUAUUUUGUCAUGGAGUAUGUUCGAGGAGGUGAGCUUUUCAAUAAAGUUGCUCGGGGUCGCCUCAAAGAGGAUGCUGCCCGAAAAUAUUUUCAGCAGUUGAUUGGCGCCAUUGAUUUCUGCCAUAGUCGCGGUGUUUAUCACCGUGAUCUUAAGCCAGAGAACCUCCUUCUUGAUGAGAACGGUAAUCUCAAGGUGUCAGAUUUUGGAUUGAGUGCUCUUGGUGAAUCUCGACGCCAUGACGGGCUUCUACAUACUACUUGCGGGACCCCUGCCUAUGUGGCGCCAGAGGUUAUUAACAAAAAAGGUUAUGAUGGUGCUAAGGCUGAUGUAUGGUCUUGUGGUGUUGUUCUUUUUGUUCUGAUGGCGGGUUUUUUACCUUUUCAUGACUCGAAUCUGAUGGAGAUGUAUAGAAAGAUAAGCAAAGGAGAUUUCCGGUGCCCCCAAUGGUUGGCUCCUGAAGUCCGAAGACUUCUCAUCAGAGUACUUGAUCCAAACCCCAACACAAGGAUCACUAUUGCCAAGCUAGUAGAGAAUCCAUGGUUUAAAAAGGGAUUUAAACCAGCAGAACCACCACGUAUACAACCUGUUGAUAGCUUGGGAGAUAUCAGAAGGGCCUUCCCUGAAAUUUCUGAUGACGAAGGAAGUAGUCAUAGCAAGGAGGAAGAGCCUAACACGACGAUGAAACGCACGAACUACAAUGCAUUUGACAUCAUCUCCCUUUCUCAAGGGUUUGAUUUGUCAGGACUUUUUGAGAAGAAUGGGGAAAAGUCAGAGUCUAGGUUUACGACGCAGAAGUCUGCAUCUGAUAUAGUGUCGAAGUUGGAGCAGAUUGCAGAGCACGAGAAGUUCAAGGUGAAGAAGGAGGAUGGAAUGGUGAAGCUUCAAGGGAGCAAGGAAGGAAGAAAAGGGCAACUGGGGAUUGAUGCCGAGAUUUUUGAGGUUACUCCGUCAUUUUAUGUGGUGGAGGUGACAAAAUCUUCAGGAGAUACUUUGGAGUAUCAACAGUUUUGCAAAAAGGAACUGAAACCUUCUCUUAAGGAUAUUGUUUGGGCUUGGCAAGGCGGGGAGCAGGAACAAUUCUCAUCUGAGUCACAGAAUACUCAACCUUGAUCUCCAGAGAGCAAAAGAAAAAAGGGGGGAAAACAGAAAGUUUUUGUAUUGUGGUUCGUUCUAAUUUUUUUAGGCUUCUUUAUGUUUUUUCUUAUUCCAUUUUAACUGCUUCCUCUUCUGUCGUCCCUUUGUUUCUUGCUAAAGAGGUAUAUAUAUUUUUUUUUCUUUCA